AUGAAGGCUGUAGGUGUAUUUUUUGUGGGUUUAUCUAUAUUGCAAUAUGCGUAUGGGCAGAUAGUACCAGCAAAAGACUAUGUCAAGAGGAAAUACUUUGCAGUUGAAUCAAGGAAUAAUGUUUCUGCUAUAUUGAUGGAGCAUCCAAACUGGACCUUUGAGCAUAAUGCUCGCGGACUUGAUAACCAUUAUGUUUUCUCAGUAGGCUUGGGUGAUGCAAAUAAAAGGUCAAAUGUACAAGAUGAAUUGGACGAGAGUGUGCUUUCAUAUCACGAUUUGAUCCCGGAGAGGCUUUACAAGAGGAUGCCAGUACCAGGCCAGGUGGACGCUUCUGUUGAGGCCUUUAGGGUGGACAUUAAGCAAAAGUUGUCAAUUGAAGAUCCAACAUUCAACAGGCAGUGGCAUCUUAUGAAUACCUUAUACCCUGGAUUUGACUUAAAUGUUACUGGACUUUGGCUUAAUAAUAUUACAGGUAAAGGUGUUGUGGUUGCUGUGGUCGACGAUGGCUUGGAUUUUGAAGGCGAUGAUUUAAAGGAUAACUUUUGCGCGGAAGGCUCUUGGGACUUCAAUGACAAUACAGCUCUACCCAAGCCGCAGCUUAGGGAUGAUACCCAUGGCACACGUUGCGCAGCGGAGGUUGCUGCUGCUAGAAACAACGUUUGUGGCGUGGGGGUUGCAUAUAAUUCUAAAGUAUCUGGAAUCCGAAUUUUGUCAGAUGAUGUUACUGUGGAGCAGGAGGCUGCUUCUUUGGUAUAUGGACUAGGUGUCAAUGAUAUAUAUUCAUGCUCUUGGGGCCCGGUUGAUAAUGGUGCAGAAAUGCAGGGUCCCAGUCCUAUGGUUCAAAAAGCCUUGAUAAAAGGCGUUAGUGAGGGUCGCGAUAAGAAAGGCGCUUUGUAUGUUUUUGCAAGUGGUAAUGGUGGUAUGAACGGUGACAAUUGUAACUAUGACGGCUUUACAAAUUCUAUUUACUCGAUUACUGUUAGUGCUAUAGACCAUAUGGGUGCUCACCCGCCCUAUGCUGAAAGCUGUUCAGCGGUUUUAGUGGUCGCGUACUCCUCGGGAAAUGGAGAAUUUAUCCAUUCUACUGGUGUUCAUAACACAUGCAGUGAUACUCAUAGUGGUACAUCCGCAGCUGCACCUUUAGCUGCAGGUGUUUACGCUUUAGUUCUUGAGGCAAAUCCAAACUUAACAUGGAGAGAUGUACAAUAUUUAACAAUUCUCUCGUCGUUGGAAGUAGAUGAAAAAGACAGUGGUUGGCAAGACGGAGCGUUGGGUAAAAGGUACUCACACAAGUACGGAUAUGGUAGAAUGGAUGCAUAUCGUAUUGUGGAGGCCGCAAAGACCUGGGAAAACGUGAACCCACAAUCAUGGUUUUAUUGUCCCACAGUGAAGGUGAAGAAAAAUACUAAAUCUACGGAAAACUCCCUCGAAUCUUCUUUCACUGUCACAGAACAAGACUUGAUCGAUGCAAACUUCAAACGUGUUGAACACGUUACAGUUACAGUAAAUAUUAAUGCCGACGUGCGUGGACAUACAACUGUGGAUUUGAUUUCACCAGGUGGCACAGUAUCAAACCUUGGCGUUGUAAGAAGAAGGGACAUGCAUUCAGAAGGUUUUAAAGACUGGACUUUUAUGUCCGUUGCGCAUUGGGGUGAAUCUGGCAAAGGCGAAUGGAAACUUGUCGUCAAAACUGCUUCUAACGCAAACCUGGUGGAACUCAUCGACUGGAGGCUCAAACUUUUUGGUGAAUCAAUUGACGCUUCUAAAGCAGUUCCCUUUGAAUUUGGUAACGAUGACGAAAGCCACAUCACUCACCAACGUCCAUCCCCAAGUCAUUCAUCUAGCUCAUCUGAAAGUUCAUCUGAAAGUCCGUCUGGAAGUUCACUGUCUGGAGCGAAUAUGCUGCCAACGACAGGCCACGCGAAAACCUAUUACUUCACAAUCUUUAUGAUAGGUGCAAUGGUACUAAUAUUUUACUUUAUAUUCUUUUCGAAAACAAGGCGGGUGAGAAGGUCAAGAGCAGAGACUUUUGAAUUCGAUAUAAUUGACACUGACUCAGAGUACGAUUCUUCUGUCGACCAAAGCAUGGACAAUACUGCUCGGAUCUUGACCGACAAUGAUUUCAAUGACUUUACUUUCGCUCUUUCGGAUGAAGAACAACAAGCUAAUGCAGAAAACCCAUUCCUAAGCGAAGAAGAUCCUGAGUCUAAACAUCAUGCCAAAAGUUCAGAUCCAUUGUUGAAGGACACUGUUGAAGCAAUCGAAGACCCAGUCUCGACUACUGACUCAAAUACAAGACAAUAG